AUGGGCAAGUUCCACGCCCGGUUGUAUAAAACCGACCGUGCUCGGGACUUUGACCACGAGCAGGAUCGAUAUGUUCGCAUGCGACAGAUUUAUGAGACUAUCGACCGGCAAGGCUUUCAAUGGAUUGUUGUGCUGGUCGCUGGUCUUGGGUUCUUCCUCGAUGGUUACACAUUAUUUGCUAGUAACAUUGCCCUACCGAUGAUCUCCUAUGUGUACUGGAGAGACGAAACUGCCUCGUUACGACUCACAUGCAUCAAUAUCGCAACACUUGGUGGAACCCUGCUUGGCCAAGUAGCAUUUGGGUUCCUAGCCGAUAAAAAUGGGCGGAAGAAGAUGUACGGUGUUGAAUUGGUACUCCUUAUUACAGCCACUCUAGGUGUGGUCAUGUCCUCGACAGGUGUAGAAGGCAGCAUGAACGUCUAUGCGUGGCUUGUUUGGUGGAGAAUCUGUGUCGGUAUUGGAGUGGGUGCGGAUUAUCCACUCAGUGCAGUGAUCACAUCUGAAUUUGCCCCGACUAAACAUCGAGCUCGCAUGAUGGCCGCGGUCUUCUUCAUGCAGCCACUCGGUCAGAUUGCAGGUAACAUUGUCGCAGUGAUUGCGAUCGCGGUGGCUCAUGGUAAUACCGCUCCGGGUGAAGACAUCACCCGCACUGUUGAUAUAAUGUGGCGCUGGGUGAUCGGUAUUGGAGUUGUGCCUGGUGCAGUCGCUACUCUUUUCCGAUUCGCCAUUCCAGAAAGCCCUCGCUAUCUAGUCGAUAUCGUGGACGAUCCCGUCACUGCGGAGUUUGAUGCGACCACACUUUUCAGUGAUACGCCCGGUAUGAUUGACUCGGUGAGCUGGGGAAACACUACUUCAUGCAGUGCCGGUGGUGGGAUUCAACUACCCCCGAUUUCAUCCAUUGCUAGCAGUGCAAUCUCUGAUGAUGAAGACGAUGAUGAGUUCACCCGCCUACCCCCCGCAACCCUCAACUCUCACUGGCGGUUGGCACGUACCGACAUCGUGCGGUACUUCUGGACAGAAGGGAACUGGCGCAGCUUGGCUGGUUGCUCUCUCGCAUGGCUCCUUCUUGAUUUUGGCUUCUACGGUAUUGGAUUGUCGAGCCCUCAAUUCUUAGCCAAAACGUGGGGCGUACUUCAUAUCUCCAAGCCGGCACCGACCUGGAUGACCAACGACACACCAAAUGCCAAUGUCUUCGAUAUGUUCAUGGAUACCUCUGUGCGUGGGCUGAUUGUGCUCAAUAUCGGAAGCUUCGUCGGUGGCAUAAUGCUCAUUAUCUUUGCACAUAAACUCGAUCGUGUUGCACUACAGAAGUACAUGUUCCUUGCAUUGGCGGCUCUGUUUAUCGCCCUGGGAACCAUGUUCGUCUGCCUUUAUACCGGUCCUCCUGCUGUGGUGGCAUUGUAUAUCGUUGGUCAAGUCAUGUUCAACUUUGGCCCGAAUGCAACAACCUACAUGAUCCCCGCCGAGAUAUUUCCAACCCGAUACCGCGCGACAUGUCACGGCAUCAGCGCUGGGGCUGGAAAACUGGGCUCUAUUCUCGUCCAAAUAUUCUCAGCAUACUACCACUUUGGCUCAGGGCCGGGCAACGAAUCAACCCGCAAGCACGGCAUUGUUCUCCUUGUUUUCAGCGCCUGCAUGGUCUUGGGCGCAGCAGUCACGCACUUCUGGAUUCCACCUAUUCAACAAAAACGGAAUGGCAAAACUAAGCUAUGGGGUGGUAAACCAGAGACACUUGAAAGCUUGUCUCUUGGCCGAAUGGGGCGCAAGAGUCGAGAUGCUGAUUGUCGGAAACGGACAUCACGGCAUCGGGCGCUUUCAAUGAGUGCCUAG